GCUAUAUUUACUCACGAUAAUCCUAUUUUCUGGGUAUCUUUCUCAGUCAGAGGAAAAAUUAGGCCAACGUUGUUAGCUUAUUUCUUAUGGAUGAUAACUCUGUUAUUAAUUAUUUUUCUCCUUCUGCUUCUCAAUAAACCAGGCAAAUAUGGAUAAUAAUACUAAUCUAAAUAAGCUGUUUAUCUUCUCAUCCUUCAUGCUGUUGAGCUUUGCACAGGGCACGCUAUCACAGCUUCAUAGCUCAGCCCCAUUGCCCUCCCCUCGAACGCACCCAUUUGAGAAUGAACUUCCAAUAAGCCAUAUCUCAGCACCUAUUCCCUCUGCAGAAAUUCCAUCAAAAACGACAUUUUCCAUGCGUCGUUUAUUGACAAGAAUGCUAAAGGAAUUCCGGAGUAGCAAUCAUCAGGCUCGGUUGUUGAAAUCUAAUUUUGUACCUGCAUCUUCAAAAUCCAAAACCAACAAUCCUAACCUCAAGAAAAUAUGUGACCAAACUGAUUAUGCUUCUCUUUGCCUCUCUUCAAUCACCCCUUACUUCAAUGGCAAGACUGAUACCGUUUCUGUGCUUCAAAUGGCAAUAAAUGCUACAGUUCAACAAACAAAGUUGGCCAUUUCCGCUGCUGAAAAAUUGGCUACUGCAUCUAACACUCCUGAUGAAACGGCCUCUACCCUUAGUGAUUGUAAGCAAAAUUAUGAGGAUGCUUUGGAUGAUUUACAGAGUGCACAGGAUGCGAUCCCAGAGAAUGAUAUUGGAACAAUUAAUACCAUGCUUAGUGCUGCAAUAACGGAGUAUGGGACAUGCAACGAUGAGUUUAGUGGACCUAAUCCAAUGGCUAACUACGGAGAUAAACUUACCAAAAUGAAUAGCAAUUGCCUUGUCAUUGCUUCUUUAUUAAAAUGAUUUAGAUUUCUUUUAUUAUUCUCAGCACAUUCUAUGUUAGUACUAUUUAGUUCGUCAGUCUGCAAAUUUUUUGUUAUUAAGGGAAGAAAAGAAAAAAAAAAAUCUGCUAAUGUUUUAUUAUACUUUUCGAUUGUUUAAUGUUGGGAUCAUUUCUUAUAUGUAUAUGAUUAAAUUCCCUAUCAAAUUUAUUGGCCUUCAGUUUUAUAUGA